CUGAACAGGAAUAAUGGACCAUAAGAGAUCUCGAUGCAAGUAUGACCUACUAGAUGUAUUUUCUGUACUGACAGAUUAUUCAAGCCACAGUUUGCUGCUUGAAUGUCUGUGAAGGAAGGAAAAGUCUAAUUUGGGAUCCGAGUCACUAUGUGGAACAAACAUUCUUUCUUUUCCUUUUUACUUCUGGCUGUGACCAUGAACCAGACAGUAUAUGGGCAAAACAGAAAGAAAGGAAAGAAUACUUAUUCUCUGGUACAAAAAGAUGAAGGUGAUAUGUGUCUCAUUGAUAUAGUCUUCAUCUUGGACAGUUCAGAAAGUGCCAAAAAUCAAUUGUUUAGUUUACAGAAAGAAUUUGUUCAAAACUUAACUGACAAAAUUUUCCAGAUGAGGCUAGUAAAAUCUCAGAAAUAUAAUAUCAAACUAGCAAGUAUGCAGUUCAGCAGCACAGUCAGCAUUGAUCAUCCUUUUACAGCUUGGAAGAACGUGCAGAAUUUUAAGGAGAAAAUCAGGGCUAUGGGCUUCAUUGGCCAUGGCACCUACUCCUAUUAUGCAAUUUCCAAUGCCACUCAACUCUUUAAAACUGAAAGUCGUAAGAGAAGCGUGAAAGUGGCAUUUUUAAUGACUGAUGGUGUGGAUCAUCCAAAGAGUCCUAAUGUCCAGGGGAUAGCCACAGCAGCCAGGAGUCUUGGAAUACACUUUUUUACCAUUGGCCUUUCUAAGAAAAAUGUCCAAGAAGGAAAAUUGCGUUUGAUAUCUGGUGAUUCAUCUUCUAAAUAUAUCUUAUGCCUGGAUGAUCAGAACCUGAUAGUUGAUGUAGCAUUGGAACUGGAAGGCAUGCUUCAAAAACAGUGCAUGCGGAAGAACUGUGAGUGUGAAAAGGGAGUAAAAGGAGACAAAGGUGAUUCUGGCAGUAUUGGUAACAGAGGGGAGAAAGGUGAGCCAGGACCAAAAGGAAACAAGGGUGAUGCUCAAAAAGGAGAUCACGGAGAAAAAGGUGAAGAGGGAGCUCCUGGUUAUAAAGGAGAAAAGGGUGAAAGAGGAGAAUGUGGAUCCCCAGGAAUAAAAGGGGAAAGAGGUUUGGAAGGUCCUUUUGGGCCUAGGGGACCUCGGGGACCUCAGGGAGUCAGUGGACCUCCAGGCGACCCAGGCCCAAAAGGCAUUCAAGGAAGAAAGGGUGAGCAGGGUCCCAUAGGUCCCUAUGGCCCCCCAGGAUUCCCUGGUGUUGGAUAUCCAGGACCUAAGGGAGCUCAAGGCCUAAAAGGGGAAACUGGAAUCCCAGGUCCCCCAGGAAUUGGUGAGCCAGGAUUACCGGGACUACCCGGCCCUGAUGGUCUGCCAGGUGAGAAAGGACUACCAGGAGAGGGCAUUCAAGGCCAGAAGGGUGAAAAAGGCUCUGAAGGUAUUGCUGGUCCACCUGGACUGCCAGGGCAACCAAUCAAAGGUGAUAAGGGUGAACAAGGCCAAGUGGGACCACAGGGCCCAGCAGGACCGCCAGGAAUAGGCAAUCCAGGAAGCCGGGGUAUACAGGGUCCACAAGGAAACCCUGGGGCAAAAGGAUCUAAAGGUUUUGGUCUGCCGGGUCCAAAGGGUCAACCAGGUGAACCUGGACAAAAAGGAGAACCAGGACUCCCAGGGAUUGGAGUACGAGGAAUCAAGGGAGAUAUAGGACUAUCAGGACUCCCAGGAGAGAAAGGGGUGCAGGGAGACCCUGGCAAGGCAGGGAAAAAGGGGGAAAAGGGAGAUCAGGGUCCAAGAGGCCCAGAAGGACCCCCUGGCAAAGGAGAUGUAGGCCAAAAGGGUGACCCAGGAGAAAAAGGAUCCCAAGGACUAAUUGGUUAUAAAGGAGUACAAGGCCCAGUAGGACCAAAAGGUGAACCUGGAGAGAGAGGGCCACCUGGUGUUGCUGGAUCAUCUAUUCAGGGGCCUGCUGGACCAAAGGGAGAGCCAGGACCCAGGGGGCCACCAGGCGAUGAUGGACUUCCUGGAAAUUCAAUAAUGGGACCAAUGGGUAACCAAGGACUACCUGGGCUACCUGGACCACGUGGAGCAAAAGGAGAUGGACACAAAGGUGAAGCUGGACCUCCAGGACCAGCAGGGCCUCCAGGACCAGCAGGCCCAAAAGGUGUGGGAGAUCCUGGACCAAAGGGAGAUCGUGGCAUGAAAGGCUAUCCAGGGCCCCCGGGGCCUAAGGGAAGCGGAGUGGUUGGUCCCAAGGGUAUCAUGGGACAGCAAGGCUUGCCAGGUCCACCUGGCCCCCCAGGGGACAGCAUACAAGGAAGCAAGGGAGAAAAAGGAAAUCAAGGUUUUCCUGGACUAAAGGGUUCAAUAGGAAUUGGCCUUCUUGGACCAAAGGGAGACUAUGGAGAUAAAGGUGAUCCAGGGAGCAAAGGUGCCAAAGGAGAGAUUGGAGACCCAGGACCUCCAGGGCCAAAAGGAAUUUGGGGAAGAAAAGGUGAACCUGGUAUUUCAAGAGAAGAAGUUAUCAGACUUAUUAAUGAAAUAUGUGGUUGUGGUAUCAAAUGUAGAGUGACACCACUGGAACUAUUAUUUGUCAUUGACAGUUCAGAAAGUGUUGGUCCAGAUAACUUCAAUAUUAUCAAAACUUUUAUGAAAACAUUCAUUGACAAAGUAUCGGCCAACCAGGCUACAGCACGUAUUGGCAUCAUCAACUUCAGCCAUAAAGUAGAGUUGGUAGCUUCUCUGAAGCAAUACACAACCAAAGAACACCUAAAAUCUGCUGUCGAUAAAAUGUUCUACCUAGGAGAAGGCACCUACACAGCUUCUGCUAUCGAAGAAGCCAUUAAGUUAUUUGAGGCAGCACGUUCAGCAGUAAGAAAAGUGGCUGUUGUAAUAACAGAUGGACAAGCAGACUCUCGAGACAAAGUGCAACUGGAUACUGUAGUAAGGCAGGCCCAUGCGCUGAACAUUGAGAUAUUUGUAAUUGGGAUUGUUCAGAGGGCUGAUCCUCAUUUUGAUGAUUUUCUGAAAGAAAUGCAACUCAUUGCAACUGACCCUGAUACAGAACAUGUUUACCAGAUAGACGACUUCAUGACGCUUUCAGCUCUUGAAAAUAAACUCAUCACAAAAAUCUGUGAGAAUGAAUUGGAAAUCUACACCAGAAAACCUGAUGUUUUAUCUCCAUCUCCAAGUCCUGGGUUUGAUGUAUCUGGUGAAUUUACUGAUGGUCAAUUACCUACAAUUACUAUUUCAGAGACUUAUGUGGCCCCUACGGAAGCAACCACUUACCCACAUAGUCCACCGAGGACGAGAUAUACCAAGCCGUUGCCAUCUGCUCAUGAUCAUACUGUGACCAUCUCUGCUCACAGAGAGUCAAGAAUUCCCCUGCUUUAUGACACUGCUAAAAUCAGACCUCAGAGCCCAGUAGUCAAUCCUUUAUUCAAUGUAACUACAGCUGAAGAUCACCAGCUAACAGUGUUGCAAGGACAGGUAGUAACAACUCGAAAAGAUCCAAAGUGUUUGGAACCUAUGAAACCAGGGGAUUGCCGAGACUAUGUGGUGAAAUGGUAUUAUGACAAGAAUGGCAAUUCUUGUGCCCAGUUCUGGUACGGAGGUUGUAGUGGCACCAACAAUAGAUUUGAAACAGAAGAAGAGUGCCGAGAAACCUGCAUUGAUAUAUGAACAAAAAUGACUGCCAUCUGGAGUUUUUAAAGCUGGAAGUUUGGAUGUAUUGAGGAAGGAAUGAUUGAGAAGAAUCCAAAAUGAUGUGUUAACAUGGAUAUACUACUAUCACAUCACACACUACUUUCCCCACUAUGAUAGUCAUAUUAACUAGAUUCCUGUAUAGCAUGUUAUCUAGACAACAUAGCAAUAUCUUUAUCACACAUACACACACACACACACAUACACACAGCAACAUACCUUUCCCCUCAAUGUUUGUAAUAAGUUGGUAUUACAUGUGGCAAUGAUUGGACUCUAUUUUUAGGAUUGACACUCAGCAUUUAAUGACAGAGGUCUCUUACUCUCUUGGAAGAAUAAAGUGCUUCAGUUUUAAACAAGAGUAAAUGAUUUCUGAAAUUAGUACUCUUAUUACAGCAUUCUGAGGCAUACAUUAAGAUUUUUAUUAAUUAGAGUGCCUCUUUUGAAUAUAAAUGCCACAGCUAUAAGUAAUUAGAGGGUUUUUUCCCCAUGAAGGCACAUUUGGAUUAACACUAGUAUAACAUUUUCAAUUAUGAUGGUAAGUCUUCUAUUCAGAAUUACAUUAACAUCUACAGGAUUCUUCAAGUCCUUUAGGCUAGUCAGUACAUUUUGAUUUCUCAGGGCCUCUGUAUUAAAUGAAAAAAAAUGUUAUUUGACUCUAAUAUAUGUUAUUAAAUACUAUUAAAUUAAAAAAGGGAAAAGCACUGAAAGAUGUAUAUAAAUGUUAGUUAUAUCCUUUUUACUUUUAGCCAUAACUCUGUAUGAUCACAUUGUUAAAACUGAAAAUGAUGAGCAUCUGAUUAAAAUGGAAAGCAACACUUAACAAA